ACUAGUUCCGACAGGUUGUCUCGUCAGGAGAGAUGCGCCACCGUGGCCAUGAAUCUGACAGCUCCUCUGCUGCUGCUGUUUCUCACUGCUUGUAGAGCCAGUGGAGAGCCGCCUGGUCAGUGCAACGGAUUACAGGAUCGACUCAAUGCUUUGACCCAAUACAAAAAACAGCUGGAAAACAGAAACACUGAGCUCACCAACAUGAUUAAGGACCUGGAGGAGGAGAGAGACAGGCUGAGGACAAAUCUGGAGACAGAGCUGAGUGGACGUGUGUACUGUGAGCAGUGUCCAGCAGGGUGGUGGGAGAUCAACUCCAGAUGUUACUUCCUCUCCACUGAGCAGAAGACUUGGGAGGACAGCAGGAAAUACUGUAAGAGUAAAGGUGCUGACUUGGUGGUGAUCAGCAGCGAACAGGAACAGAGGGCCUUGUACCGUCUGGAUGGGGAUGCUGAUCUCUUGUUCUGGAUCGGUCUGUAUGACACAACUGAAACCACUGGGUGGAAAUGGGUGGAUGGAUCUGCGCUGACCAAACCAUUUUGGCAGUCUGGCCAGCCGGAUGGUGGUGGUCCCAACAACGUGGAGGACUGUGUGGAGAUGUAUCACAAGAACCCAGUGCUGGCCAGCUGGAAUGACGCCCCCUGUGGAGCCAAGCGCCGCUGGCUGUGUGAGAAAGAUGGAAAUAUCCUCGCCUAGGCUGAUAGUCACAACAAUACAUUAUAACAUCAAUGAAAAACUGAAAUAUGGAUAAAUAAAAUAAACAAAUCUCAGAGAAUUAAAGACAUAUUUACAAUUA